AUGAUUUUCCAUCAGUUAAGUUCGGCGUCGCCUGGAAAUAUGAUGGAAAGGCCUGAGCGCUCUACCCGGUCAAAAGGACAGCGGGGGAAUGAAGGAGAAAGCUCCGAUAUGCCUACUGCUGUUAGUAAUAUCGAAAAUAUUCAACCACACAAAGUGCAAUGGAAGAAAAGGUCGGAAGAGCUGCAGUCCCGAAUCAAUGAGCUGGAGGAGGAGAAUGCUUUGCUCAAGCAGCAGCUUGAGCAAAGGCCUUCAGCAAAUCAAGGUGAGAAAAUGGACAACACUGCCACCGACCCAGAGUCAGACACUGACUCGAGUUCCAACUCCAGCACUGACUCCACCGAUUCCAGGAGCAGUGAUACAAGCUCUUCCUCCUCUGAUGGCCGCAAGAAAAAGAGGAAGCACAAAAAGAAAAACAAAAAGAAGAGCAAAAAGGCUUCAAAGAACAAAGGACUUCGAGGUAAAGUAAACUAUAGAGUUGUGCUGUAUUUCUUUAGGUUUGGACAUUAAAUAUAGUGUAUACAGCUUAGGGCAGAAUUAUUAGCACCCCUAUGAAAAUUUCAUUUUUCUAAAAGUACAUACUAACCCUUACCCUGCAACUAAGACAAACCACAACAAUCUUUGGGGAGAA